GAGGAAACGCUCAGGGUCACCAUCAUCACCGACUGAGGACAGACUGAACUGAACAAGGAGAAGAGAGAGAAAACUGAGGAACCAGACGCUGGAACACAGACUGCUGCUGGAGGAAAAACAAGGAAAUCAAAGUGAAAGUAAGAGAAUAAAGUUUCUGCAGGAGGGAAACUGACUUCCUGGUUUAACUUUCUGUCUGCUGUGUUUUCAGCUUCACUCAGAGACAAAAUGGCUUCCAGGUUAGAGGAGGAUCUCUGCUGUCCGGUCUGUCAGGAUCUCUUUAAGGAUCCGGUUGUUCUGUCAUGUAGCCACAGCUUCUGUAAGGAGUGUCUGAAGAACUGGUGGACAGAGAAACCAUCAAGAGAGUGUCCAGUUUGUAAGACGAUAUCGUUCAUCAAAGAUCCUCCACGUAAUCUGGUUCUGAAGAAUCUGUGUGAGUCUUUCUUACAGCAGAGAGAGCAGAGAGCUUCAGAGGAUCUCUGCUCUCUGCACUCUGAGAAACUCAAACUCUUCUGUCUGGACCAUCAGCAGCCAGUUUGUCUCGUCUGCAGAGAUUCAGAAAAACACACCAAGCACAGAUUCAGACCCAUCGAUGAAGCUGUUCAGCAACACAAGAAGAACCUUCAGGAAACUCUGGAGCCUUUAAAGAAGAAGCUGGAGCUCAGGAAGAAAGUUCAGAAGAAGUUUGAUCAGACAGCAGAACACCUGAAGGUCCAGGCCCGACACACAGAGAGGCAGAUUAUGGAGCAGUUUAAGCAGCUUCAUCAGUUUCUAGCAGAGGAAGAGGAGGCCAGGCUGGCUGCACUGAGGGAGGAAGAGGAGCAGAAGAGAGGGAUGAUGAAGGAGAAGAUGGAGGCUCUGAGCAGAGAGAUAGCAGCUCUUUCAGACACAGUCAGAGCCACAGAGGAGGAGCUGAGAGCUGAAGACGUCUCAUUCCUGCACAACUACAAGGCUGCAGUGGAAAGAGUCCAGCGCUGCCCCCUGCUGGAGGAUCCACAGCUGCCCUCAGGAGCUCUGAUAGACCAGGCCAAACAUCUGGGCAACCUGGCCUUCAACAUCUGGAGCAACAUGGAGAACAUGGUGACCUACACUCCUCUGGUUCUGGACCCAAACACAGCUGGGUCAAACCUCCAUCUGUCUGAAGAUCUGACCAGUUUGACUGCAGGAGAGAAACAGCAGCUUCCUGAUAAUCCAGAGAGAUUUGAUUAUUAUUGCUGGUCUGUUCUGAGUUCUGAGGGUUUUAACUCAGGGAAUCACAGCUGGGAUGUUGAUGUUGGAGACAAUAAAUACUGGAGACUUGGUGUGUUAGAAGAGUCUGUUCAGAGGAAGGGAGGCAUAAAGUCUGGAUGGUUGUACAUACAGUUAUAUUCAGGUAAAUACUCAGCAUAUUCUCCAUCAGCUCCUUCCACUCGUCUCUCAGUCCAGAAUCUCCAAAGGAUCAGAGUGAAUCUGGACUGGGACAGAGGAAAACUGUCCUUCUCUGAUCUGGAUACUAACACACACAUACACACCUUCACACACACCUUCACUCACAAGAUGUUUCCAUUUUUCUACACUAAUAAUACAGAAAAGAUCCUACCGAUGAAAAUCUCAGUGAUCAAACAGCAGCUCUGAUGAUCUCAGC